UCCGAAACAAUUUAUAAAGAGAACUGAUAAAACCAUAUAUAGUUCAGUCUCGAGCCUAACGUUCGCACAUCUCCAGAUGAUCGUACGGCCCAGUUUCUCUGUGAACCGCGAUCAUACGUACUAAAAGUCAAAGAACAGUAAACGAACAAGACGAUCGAGAAACGGAGAAGGGGAAAAUUUAUAAGAAGUUUAUCAACAGGUGAACUUGUGCCGAGGUUUCCAUCACAGUCGAGUGAAAGAUCGCCAAUCUACGUUUAUGGAGAACUACACGUCAGAUUCGAGCGACUCGGAUUCCAGUAGCAAGUCACUGGACCUGUCCUAUCUGAUGCUCGACAGCCAAUUGCUGAACGAUCAUUUCGUUAACGCUAAUAACCCAGAGCAUGUGGACACGUUGCUGCUCCACCAGAAUCGCUUGACCAGCAUUCCACAGACGAUAGUCAGGUUCACGAACCUGAGCUCGUUGGACAUAUCGAACUGUGGCCUCCAUAGUCUGCCGGAUUUUCUCGGCGAUUGCCCUCUGUCCUGUCUGGUGGCCAAGCACAAUAACCUCACGAAUGAUUCGUUGCCGAAGAACUUCAAGAACUUGUCGAGGCUCAGGGAGCUGCAUCUCAGCGGGAACAGGUUGACGGACUUCCCGCAACAGGUUCUCGAGCUAACAGAUCUCAAAUACCUGUACCUGGGCGGCAAUCAGAUCACCGAGAUCAGCAAAGAUGUUUGGAAAUUGCAAAAGUUGCACGUGCUGUCAAUGGGAGGGAACAGACUGACGGAAGUGCCGUCCACGUUAGGCGAACUGAUGUCCCUCCAGGCGUUGACAUUGUGCGACAACAUGCUGGAAAGCCUGCCUAGCUCCAUAGCGAAGUUGACGAAUCUGAAGUCACUGCUGCUUCACAAGAAUAAACUGAGGACACUGCCUACCGAGAUCAUCAGGCUGAAAUGUUUGACAGAGUUGUCUCUAAGGGACAAUCCUCUGGUAGUGAGAUUCGUGUCGGACAUGACGCACAAUCCUCCAUCUGUGUUGGAGCUGGCCGCCAGAGUGAUCAAGACCAAUGACAUCCAGUACGACGAGCAGAGUAUACCGAGAAACCUGGUGGAGUAUCUAAACAGUGGGCAUCGUUGCGUCAAUUCCAAGUGUAAAGGUGUGUUCUUUAACAACAGAGUAGAGCACGUGAAGUUCGUGGAUUUCUGUGGCAAGUAUCGCCUGCCGUUGCUACAGUAUCUUUGCAGCAGGAAAUGUAUAGAAUCGCGCGAUGGAGACGAAGUGGUCAGCGGCGCGAUGAUAAGGAAAGUUCUUCUGGGCUGAUUGCUAUUAUUGGAAUUUUCUAUCUUCAAGACCUGCAACGUUUUUCGGUCCAAUAGCCAAGGAGGUGGAAAAUGAUCGAUCGAUCGUCCAAUCUUUACAAACUGAACUAUCCACGCCAUCCACGAAUUCUUCGGUAACGUUUCAAUAUGGCCGCCAUGCUUGGUCAGUUGCACUACGAGUACAUCGGGCUCAAGAUUAGGUAAUCGGGCAUAGGGCUAACGCGAGAGAUUAAUAAUAAUCGGAAAAAUAAAUCGAGCGCUCGGAUAGGAAAAAUCGUGAGUUGAAAAUUGUAGGCGGGGAAAAAAGGAAGACGUAUACGUCGAUUAUGUCGCUUAAUCGUUUCGAGGUUGAAUCGUUUGCGAGAAUUGCUGUCUUAUAUACGAAUCCCUAUAUACAUGUAUAUUCGUCACGGACGAUUUAUAAAAUAAAUAUUUCCGUCGUGUUUCAUCUGCUCGUUCGUACUUACUUCACGUCCCCGACCGAGCGGAAUCGUCGCUAAUGAAAGCGCAGUGUCUGUUAACGUUAUCGUUUUAUUGUUAAAUAAACCACAAAAUCUACAAUAAUAAUAAUCAUAUUAUCAUAUAGAGUCUCCGUAGGAACGGAGGUGUUCGAUCCUCGCUUAAAACACAUCCACUGAUUUAUUUCUACGAUUACCGAUUAUCGACUAUUCUCGUGUGUGAACCGUGUAAAACUGAAAACAUCCGACAAGUGAACGGUAGCGAAGCGAAUGAUGUUACUUAAUCAUCGUGAUUCGUCGGUAUAGAGUCGUUUAAGAUUCAUAGAGAACAUCGUUAUUUUUUUUUUUUUUUUGCCAUUUUUCACUUUUUUUAAUAACUCGAAGUAAGUCGGUGACAAUCUUCGUGAAUAUAGCAAUAUCGUAAUAAGAGUUCGCUAGUGUUUUUUUCCAUUUUCUUCCAUUUUUUUUUUUUCUUUUUUUUCAUUAAUAUCGCAUAUAGUGUCGCCGUGUUCUGUUAAUUACCUAUACAUACAUAUGCAUAUUUAUAUAUAUGCGCUCUGUUAUUUUAUACAUUACAUACAUAUAUA